CACACAGAGCGAAAGUAAGAAUUAGUGCAGAAAGAAUCAGGAGCAUUGCAUUGUUCAACAGACGAGUCAUGAGCAUUCUUAAACAGACGAGUCAGGAACAUUGAUUAUUUUGUAUGUGUCCUACUCAAGAUUGAUUUGAUGAUGACCAAUCAACAUUUAUACAUGUUUAAAACUAUGAGAAGACAGAGGGCACGAAGAAAAACUCAAAUACCCUAAAAACAGCAUCACACGAGGAAUAAUGUCUAUACUCAACGAGCACAACGAGACAGGGGAUACGGGUGUAAAGGACUAUGCCUUGGUACGGGUGUGUGCUUCGACCAUCUCAUUCAUAACAUUGGUGGUCUUCAACAUCCUGAUUAACUGGACUAUAGUGCGCGAGGGACGUCUUCGAGGCCAUGCGCGCUUCGUGUUGGUAUUUCACCUGUUGGUGUCGGCUUUGGUGUAUUUCGGGAUGUGCUCUAUUUUUUAUCUCCAGAUUUACCUGGGCGCCAGGCCACUGGCAUCCAUUUGUGUGGCUAUGAUAACCGUCCUAAUCACUAGUGCGUCCAACAUCCUCCUGACUAUCACCGCUAUGGCGCUUGACCGUUAUUUUGCUAUUUGUCAGCCAAUGCGUUAUCAUUCAGAUAACUGGCACUGGCCCUGGCUAGUUGGACUACUGACGUGGGGGAUCGCGCUGGUAAUCCCUCUGAUUCUUCUACUAAAGACAGGGGGUGAUCCUAUUGGUUCAAAUGGGAAAUGUGGACGGGACAAACUGAAGAAAGGCGACAUAGAAAAAAUAUUGUUGAUAUCCGUGUGCACGGUACUCAUUCUGUACAGUUAUGUGAGGAUACUGUUUGAGGGGCGACGGUUGGGAGUGAUUAAUCGACGCAACAGAGUCGGGUGCAAGACCAUCGCGAUGCACGGUACUCAACUCGCCGUGUACAUCAUCCCCAACUUCGUGAACUUUGUGCUAACUGUUCUCCUACAUCGAGGAUACAUUCAGUCAGAAACAAAAGAACGGUCUGCAGUGGUUAGCUUUGCAUUCUUUAGUUUGGCGCAAUGUGUUGCACCAAUCGUCUACGGUUUGCGUAAAGAGGAACUGUUGGAGCAGGUGCAGCGCCGGUUCCCCUGUUGUUCGAACUACCUGAAAAGCGUAUUGAAGUGGACUGUGCGUGGCACGACGCCUCGUCUUCAUCUGCACCCACGGGAAAGAACAUUUACGGGCCAGACACUCAUCUCAUUAGAUCCUCCCAGUACAUCCGUGUGAAUUGAGGAGCCCCCUCACUGACAACUCAACACCCAUCACUCUCCUGUGUUCCGCAGGCCGGCCUGAAUAGUUUUCUACCAUAUGAAUUGUGGCUUUUAGAUGCAACUGUGACCAUGGUGGAUUAGGCAAAAACACAAAGGAUUUGGGAACUUUUUGUAUAUAUUGUGAGGAUUCGUCCUCAUUUACAGACGACCGUACCGUACAGUCACCCAAUACUUGGAUAUCCAGCAUCCGUACCAAACUGUGAAGGUGUACAAAAUGGUGAAGGUGUACAAAACUGUGAAGGUGUAACAAAGUUGUGCCAACUUCAAAGGCACAGGAGUUGUUAUGAAAAGACCCAGAAAUCCUUUGUUAACAGUCUCAAAGAGCCAUAGAGCUAAGAUUUUUGAAAGAUCUUCUCACUAAGAUUUUACUAAAUAUUUAACACAUGUGAAACGCACAUUCUCUACAUUUUCAAAGACCAUAGAAUCAGCUAUGCAGCUAACUGGAUUUUUUUUUAAAUGAAUUUAUUGUCUAGCAAGUGUUUCAUUGGCUUUGAUUGUUUAAUUAUAACAUAAGCUCAUUCAAAUAUGUUACACAAAUCUCCAAACCUCUUUAUUUUAUUUAAUAGCAAUGUGUAAUGCUCUAGGACACAUUUUGUUAGCAUUUUCAUGUUUAUUUUUACAUGCAGAACAGUAUUGUGCAAAUAAUAUCCCUUAGAUCCUUCAGAUCCUGCCUCUAAUGUUUACAAAACUACAUUUUAAACAAUAACAUGACUAGAUGUUAAUUGCAGAUGUCUACUGGAAAUGUUUUACUGUAUUUAUGGUAGUAAUACAAUAAACAUUGUGUAUAUGGCCACUCAAAAGGGGUAGUUCA